AUGUCCCAUGGUCAUUCGACAAUAACAUGUUUACAAGAUCCUUCCUCGAGAACUGGAAGAGAUGGAAAUACUCGAGAUAUUGUAAGAUUUGUAAAGCUAGCUCCCCAAAAAAAAGUUACAUGGGAUAAAAACACAAUUGAUAAUGAACACGCCAACAAAAAAUCGUCUAAAGCUUGUUGUAAAUAUAAAAAGCCCAAGAGAUUUGAUGAAAGUUCUGAAUCGGAAUCAUCAGAUAGUGAUUUCGAGGGGAAUAAUAAGAAGUCAUGUAAAAAACCAGGGGAAGGUGGUUGUAGUGAUUGUUCCAAGAGGCUAUCAAUUAAAACAGAAAUAAUACAUCAAAGACACUGA